AUGGAGAAAGAUACUCCGACAGCAGUUGCUCGCUCAAAUGCUCAAAUCCCCAGCUACAUCAUCGCCUGGAUCGUUACUUCAAAUGUCACAAUUCUUGCCAACAAAUGGAUAAUAAGCUCUGGGGGAUUCACCAUCCUCCUCACAUGCUUGCAUCUCACAUUCGCCUCCAUCGUCACCCAGAUUCUCGCCCGCACAACAAAUUUGCUCCACCGUCGUCACAAUCUACCGAUCGAUAGGAAAUUUUUCCUGCGAAGAAUUUUACCGAUGGGAAUAGUCGCGUCAGGGUCCCUCGUCUGCUCGAAUCUCAGCCUCGUCUGGCUCUCGGUCUCCUUUCAACAAAUGGUCAAGGGCUGCAGUCCCGUUCUAACACUGUUUGUUUCUUGGUUGCUGGGGGUAAGAAAAGUCACCAAGAGCGAUAUACUCAAUGUGAUUAUUAUUGUUGGUGGUGUUGUAUUGGCCAGCGCUGGAGAGGUUCACUUCACUGUGAUUGGUGUCGUAUAUCAGCUGGCCGCACUACUCUUCGAGGCGACCCGCGUUGUUCUCAUCCAAAUUAUGCUCACAGGCGAAGAUAUAGCUCUAGAUCCCAUCGUCGGCCUCUACUACUAUGCGCCACUCUGCGCGGUAAUUAAUUUCUGCAUUAUGUGGGUGGUUGAGGCCCCUCACCUCUCUGUUGCUGAGGUGACUCCGAUGACUUGGGGUAUGAUCUUUGGGAGUGCCGUUACUGCAUUCAUGCUAAAUUAUACAAGCAUGGCAUUGAUUGGCAAGACAUCCGGCCUUACCACGACUUUAGUUUCGAUCUUCAAAAACAUUCUUUUGGUCGGAGUAUCAGUCCUUAUUUGGAGCACUCCAAUCUCCCCGAUCCAGUUCCUAGGCUACUCAAUCAGCAUUGUUGGGUUGGUGCUUUACUCCUUUGGUUUUGGCCAACUGUAUGCAGGUUAUAGAUCACUUAUAUCGUGGCUCGGGUUACAAUGGAAAGAUGAGGCCGAUAUCUUGGGCCAGACGCCUUGA